AUGAAGGAAGCCAUCGUCGCCAAAGGGUGCAAGGUCGAGAUUAUCGACUCCCCUAUCCCCAAGCCCAACGCAGACCAGGUCCUCAUCAAGGUCGUUGUGAGCGGUUCCAACCCAAAGGACUGGAAGGUCCCGGAUUGGGUCUCGGACAAGGUCAUCAACCAGGGCGAUGACAUCGCCGGCUUCGUGCACCAGGUCGGCGCCAACGUGACCGAGUUCAAGGUAGGUGAUCGCGUGGCCGCCUUUCACGAGAUGAUGUCGCCGCAUGGAUCCUAUGCCGAGUACGCCAUCGCCUGGAGCAACACGACCUUUCACAUUCCCAAGGAGACGUCGUUUGAAGAGGCAGCCGCUAUUCCGUUGGCGGCCAUGACCGCCGCCAUCGGGCUGUUCAUCCGCCUCGGCCUCCCGCAGCCCUGGACACCGGCCACCGAGCCCAUCCCGGUGGUCAUCUACGGCGCCGCGUCGGCCGUGGGAGCCUACGCCGUCCAGCUCGCGCAGAAGGCAAACAUCCACCCGCUGAUCUGCGUCGCCGGAGGCUCCAGCGCCCACGUCGAGAAGAUGAUCGACCGCAGCAAGGGCGACACCAUCGUCGACUACCGGAAAGGCGACGACGCCGUCGUCGAGGGCCUGAAGAAGGCCGCGGGCGGGGCGAAGCUGCUCCACGCCUUCGACGCCGUGUCCGACCACGGCAGCUACAUGAACCUGAGCAAGGUCCUGGCCGACGAGGGCGCCAAAAUCACCCUCGUGCUGCCCGGUAAGGAUUUUAGUGAGAUCCCGUCGCACAUCAACCAGUCGAUCACCAUGGUCGGCUCGGUGCACAACGAUGCCAAGGACUUUGGCUACAUAUUUUUCCGGUACUUUGGUCGCGGCUUGGCCGAGGGUUGGUUCAAGCCGCAACCACAGGAGGUCGUGCGGGGCGGACUCGGGGGCGUCCAGAAGGGGCUGGAGAAUCUGAGAGACGGAAAGGCGAAUGCUAUCAAGUAUGUCUUCCGGAUUGCAGACACAGAAGGAGUCGAGAAGUAG